AUGAGUUCUGUGAUAGAGAAGCGACGCAGGGACCGCAUCAACAACUGUCUGACGGAGUUGCGGCGACUCGUGCCUCAGGCGUUCGAGAAACAAGGAACCGCUAAGCUGGAGAAGGCCGAGAUACUGCAGAUGACCGUCGAUCAUCUGCGCAUGCUCCACAGCAAAGGCAUCGAUGCCUACCACCCGUACGGCGACGUCAACAAGAUAGCGAUGGACUACCACAGCGUCGGCUACCGUGAGUGUGCGGCAGAGGUCGCUCGCUACCUCGUCACGUGUGAGGGCAUGGACAUACAGGAUCCUCUGCGUCUGCGCCUCAUGAGUCAUCUGCAGUGCUUCUCCUCGCAGCGUGAGAUCACCAUCAAGCCGGGGUCCGCCUGGACACCACUGACCACCGGCUAUCCAUCUAGUCAGUACAACAGCAUGUCCGGCGUUGCGGCGGCCGCAGCGGCCGCAGCGGUCAUGCCGACGAUGGGUCAGCAGCAGGAGAUGACGUCACUGGCUGGGUACGGUCACGCGGGCGUCGGUAGCUUGUCGUGUCCGGCAGCAGCGGGAAGCAGCAGCAGCGGCGGCGGUGGCAGCAGCAGCGCCAUGGCGACGCAUCACAUGAGACUCGGCGUCGGCGCUGGUUCGAUGAUGACGUCAGCAGCGGCGGCAGCGGCGACGUCAGCGCCAUCGUCGUCGGCGCUCGCGCAGCCGUCAACGUCGCAGUAUUCGUCGUCGGCGUCCAUCAGCGCCACCUGGCCGUCGACGGCGUCGCCGAAUAACUUUAAUCCUAACGGCAAGCCGUACCGCCCGUGGGGAGCAGAGCUCGCCUACUGACUAGGGGACUGAGCAGA